GUCGUCCUCCGCGGAUCCCGCGCGCCUCCUCCGCCGAUAGUCCUUGUGGCGAACACGCGAAGGCAAAGCAACACCGCAAAUCUCUCCCCCUCCCUGGAUUGGAUUGAUUGAGCUGCUCGCGUCCACCUCCGCUCGAAUUGCCAUUCCCCCCUCUCUCUUGGUUUCUCUUGGAUCGAAUUGUUAGUUUAUUAGAGUGAAGUUGUCGGGGGAGGGAGGCUAGGCGUUAGGUGGGCGCCUGCGUGCUACGCCUCGGGAGAAGGUCAAAAGAAACCGCCCCACCACCAACCCAGGCGACUCCCCCUCAACCCAACCCAACCCAACCUGCCAUUGCUCUUCUUUCCCUCCCCGUCGCCAGCUGGCCAGAGCCGCCCCGCCCGGAGCCCAAAGGCGCCGCCUUUCCUGAACCCCGUCCGCGGCAGAUUGAUCGAUUGGUUGUUCGGUUCCUUGGUCGGGAAUCAGAGGAGGCAGCAAGAGAAGAGAUGUGCCCGCUGCGGGUGAUCCUCAUCUUCCUCUCCGCCACCGUUGCCGGCUUCUUCCUCAUCAGGGGCCUCAACGCUGAGCCCGACCAGUUCGACGCCGACGCCGACGACUCGGGAUCCCCCAGGGCACCCCUGCCCCUUCAUUCCAAGGUUGGAUCGGCCGUGAAAGCAGGGUUCUGGACGAUGGUGGACAUGGCGAGCGGGCGGUACCUCUGGCGCACCCUCGCUGCCCAAGCCCAGCCUUCCAAGUCGGCGCGGUGAAAGUGAAAGUGAAACCAUCUCGUCCUGCCGAUGCAGUGGAGACUGGUACAGUCAGUCAUGUUGUUGUAAUGCUGUUACGUAUUGGUAUAUAUUCAAGUAAAUUUGCAAAAACAAAAACUAUUCUUGUGCUGAGCUGAGCCUUGUGUUGUGUGUAAAGCUGGAAGUGGUUGCUGUCCUGCAAGUGUAUACUUUGGCCAUGAGAUUUGGGUCCAAGUUUCGUCGGUAA